AUGAUUGUUAUUUUAUUCAUUGGUAUUUUUUUAUUUAUUGUUGUUGGUUCCAUUUUUUAUUUUUAUUUUGGUAAAUUUAUUUUCAAGAAAAACAAGGGUUGCCGUUGCUCUACCAUCAAAGGGGAAUUCUGCCGUAAUUGUGCCUUUAAUGAAGAAUACUGGGCAAGACAACGUCAUGAAAGUCAACUUCUUGAAGAUCAUCACAAAUUAUUUAGAUACAAAUUAUUUGAAGUACAAAUGUUUAGACAACAUUCAUUUCUAAGAGAAAAGUAUCAACAGAAAUUACAACUUUACGAUUAUCAAAUAAAACUACAAAAACAACAAGACCUACCUUACGAACAACAAAUACAAAGAGAACGACAUCAAAGACAACAACUAAAAGAAAAUCAAAUACUACAAGAACAACAACUAAAUAUGGAACAAGAACAAGUAAGACAACAACAACUACAUUAUCAAAGACUACAACAAUUUGAACUAUUUCAUCAAAUAGAACAACAACAUAUACAAGAAUUACAACAAAAACAGCAACAAAUACAACAACAACAACUACAACAACCAAAACGUUAUUUUUGUAGAUUCUUUUAG